UGAGGAGUUCCUUUGUAAAGAAAGAUGGCUGAAGCUGCUGUAGGUUUGUCUCCUAAAGAUGAAGUGGAGAGAUUAGUAUCAUCUAAACCUGAUGCUCUAGGCAUUGCUCUUAUUAUAGCUAAUGACUAUCAGAACCAACCAAAUAACCUUCGGUAUAUUGCUGGCCCACACAAAGAUGCUACCAAAGCUGUGUCAGUGUUUGAAUCACUAGGCACUGUAGUUUAUAAAGUCCUCAAUGCGACUGCCGAGGAAAUGAGAAGAUCCUGUCAGGCUGUAGCUCAGUUUCAUUAUAAUCGAAAGUUUCAGUGGAUUGUCGUCGUGUUUUCUGGUCAUGGAAAGGCUGAUGGAGUGAUCUUGGGACAAGAUGGAAACCCUAUUGGUGUUCAACUUAUCGUCAGUCUCUUUCAGCCGGAGUGCUCAGUACAAAACGCUUGCAUUCCUAAAAUAUUUUUAUUUGACAUGUGUCGUGGGGAGGAAAUCUUAGGAAGUGUUUUAGUGCCAAGAGGUGGUUCUAUAAUUAAACCUGAGGUAUUACCUAAAAUAGGUAACAUGUUAAUUGCCUUUUCGACUCUCUCCAACACAAGAGCAUUUGAAUCAGAAGAAGGUGGAGUUUGGCUUUCUCGUGUUCUUAAACAUAUAGGCCAAGAUGAAAACUCAAUUUGUGACAUACUAAAUGACGUUAACAAAGAAGUGAAUGAGGCUUAUCAAGAUCCGAAUUAUAAAGACGCAGGUACUGGUAAACAGGCGGUGCAGCAACCAGAACAAAUAAGUACACUUCAUGGCAACGUGUACUUCCUGAAAGAAGCUAAAAGUAGAUUCUUCAACCAGGAAGAAGAGAUGAUGGAAACUCAGGAUCAACUACAAGAAAUGAGUUUAGAAGCAGCAGCUAAAAUGGGAAAUGGUCCAACCACAGUUUCAAGAAACUCUGGAAAUUCAAGACUAAACAAAUCGCUAUCAGAUCAAGGAGCAUCUAUCCAACCAUUGUCUAGGUCACAAGCUGAAAGGUCCCAGUCUGUACCACAAGAUUCAUCACCUACUUCUCUUCAACCUACUGCCAUUCUAAACUCCAAGGACCCUCCUGCCGUACAACUGAAAAAUUUACUCGUUGAUAGAAAAAAAUUAAAGCAUCCAAAUUACGUUGAGGAAGAAGACCCCAAAAAAUCUAAGAAAAAGUUUCGAUGUGAAAUUUAUCAUAGUGCUUUUGCUGAAAAUCCAAUUGUUGGAGAUUUUUUCCGCGAUAAAAGUAGUGCUAAACAAGAUGCUGCUAAAAAGGCCAUGCUCUUGCACCAGGAAAAUAAACUACUUAAAUGAUAAUCUCUACACUUGUACUUACUAUUUAGCUUGUCACUAGUUUUUAUUCAUAGUAUUUAUAAUAUUAGUAUAAAAAUAAAUUAUUUAAAAAACUUA